AUGCUGAAGAUGAAGCUGCCGGGGAAGCCGCUUCAGCCCCCGCCGAGCCGCCGGGAGGCCGGGGGGGAGGCGGCGGGGGGGCCGCGGGGGGCCGGCGUGGCGUGCGGGUGCGCGGGGUCGUCGUCGUCGUCCCCCCCGCCGCCCCGCGAGGCGGUGUACGAGUGGUUCGGCCUGUCGCUGGGCUCGGCGGAGCGGCUGGAGUUCGCGGUGGGGCUGCUGGACCUGCUCAACCCGCUGGAGCUGCGCUUCGUGGGCUCGUGCCUGGAGGAGCUGGCCCGCAAGGACUACCACUGCCUGCGCGACGCCGAGGCCCGCGCCAACGACGCCGCCGCCCGACCCCCCACGCCCGACCCCCCACCCCCGCCCGCGCCAGGAGGGGGCGGCGCCAACGCCCACGCCGGGCCCCCGCCGCCCCCCCGCCCCUCUUCCCCGGCGGCCCCCGGCGGCGACUUCCGCGACCCGGCCGCGCGCUCCCGGCUCAUCGUGUACUUGGCGCUGCUGGGCUCGGAGAACCGCGAGGCCGCCGGCCGCCUCCACCGCCUCCUGCCCCGCGUGGACGCCGUGCUGCACAGCUGCCGCCCGCCCGCCGCGGGGCAAGAGGGGGGCGCGCUGGGGGCCGCCGCCCGCGAGGAGCUGCUGCUGCUCUUCACCAUGGCCUCCCUCCACCCCGCCUUCUCCUUCCACCAGCGGGUCACCCUCCGGGAGCACCUCGAGACGCUGCGCCGCGCCCUCCGGCGGGACGCCCCCCAGGACGACGACGACGAGGAGGAGGAGGAGCAGGGGGGCGGGGGCUUCGCCUGCCACGGGGACCGGAACUUUUCCCAUAACUGCUUGCCAAGUGAUGAGAACAGUUUGUUUGAACAAACUGCAGCGCUUCAUGAUAAACUUAUGAUGGCCUCCCACAGACCACAGCAAGAAGCUGUACACAUUGAGAAGAUAAUGCUGAAAGGUCCACCAAGGAAAAGGGCUGACAAACAUCUAGAAUACACUUUCAAAGUAAUCUGGUCCGAUCAUUCUGUGUCCUGUGUAACAAAAACACACCAAGAUCUACAGGAAUUUCUACUGAAGCUUCCAAAGGAACUCUCUUCUGAAGCCUUUGACAAGACAAUUUUAGGAGCACUAAAUCAGGGGUUCCAGAAACAAGAAGAAAGACGAUAUCCAGAUUUAGAAACUAUGAUAAGGCAGCUGUUUUCAACGACGUCACAAGCUUUCCUACAGAGCCAGAGUGUGAAUCACUUCUUUCAGUCUCUGGCCUCAGAAACUUUGCACAGCCACAAUAACAUUCAGUCUUCUUUAAAGGCGUUUAAGACACCAGAACACUUCAAGGAGGAUAGUUCAGAGGCUUCAAGUCAGGAAGAAGAACUAAUACAGCACUCAGCGGUCCAUAAGAAGCAUAAUGGAAAAUGUUAUGUUGCCAACACAAUAAACACAAAAUGCUCUGCCAUGGAUGGCUUUGAUACAACACACUCUGAACACAAUGGUAUGGCAGACUGGAGAAGGAAAAGCUGUGUUAUUCAGCAGCACCCAGAGCACUGCACACUACUUGAUCAGAACCCAGGAGAGAAGAGGACCUUGCCUGUAUUAAGUAAGAAGAAAGGAAAACCGCAGUCAGAAAAAGAUAAAGUAAAGAAGACUGACACCAGGUUAACCAUCAGAGCUAACUGUGUAAGAGUUGCAGAAAGUCACCACUUCCACCCAGGAACAGCAAAAGAUUCAAAAUUAGACAUUACAGUUGGACAUGACACAUGUGGAGAAACCUCUUCAGAGAGUUACAGUUCUCCUUCUAGUCCACGGCAUGAUGGAAGGGAAAGCUUUGAAAGUGAAGAAGAAAAAGACAGAGACACAGACAGCAAUUCUGAAGAUUCUGGGAACCAAAAUGUGUUGAGAUUUGCUGCUUAUAGCCCUGGAGAUAUCAAUAAAUCACCUGCACAUAUGUCAGUGAGAUCACAAAAUGGAACUAUCAUAGAAGAUCCUCUAAGUUCACAGGUUCAACAUAUUUCCUUUAUGCACUGCAUGAUGCCCAGUGGUACACAGAAACCUGAGACGGCAAUUCCAUCGCGUAUAUCUGCUGAUGGAAAAACUUUGGGCAUGGUUGGUAGUGGUUCUGUUGCCCUUUCCCCAAUGAGAGAGCCUGUGAACUCAGCUGUUGGAAUGGGCUCAGCUGGUGAAUCUGAAAAACACAUUGAACUUCUUUCUUCCGCUUUGCCGGCCACCUUCCUUCCAUCCACAAUCCAGCCUGGUAGCCCUGCUUUGCAACCAGCAAUACAUAGAAUGAAAAUCUGUUUGCCGCAGGCCUCAUCUGAAGGUUGCACAGUGAGCGGACCGCAGCAGCAAACAGGGAAUUUAAGCAUUGGAUCACCAAGCACUGCCUUCCUCCCAGUCCACAAUCCAGGUAAUUUUCCAGGAUCCACAGUUUCUACUACAGAUCUAUUGUCAAAGCCUGCAUCCCAUGUUGUGGGCCUAAAUCAAGUGGUGCCUCAUGUUGAGGGAAAUACUGGAGUGAUCCCUCAGCCUUCCAGUCUAAAAGUAGUAGUUCCUGCAGCUGGCCUCUCAACAGGACUUCCACCAGCUCCUUUUACUGUACCGGUGACUCUUCACACUACCAGUGUGUUACCCAAUCAGAGUACAACUGUGCUGAACACUGUCGCAUUGACGCCACCUCCCUCAUCUGGCCUGUGUGUUAGUCAGGUCCAGCCUACCGUUCCUCCUGCAGUACCGACCCACACGCCAGGACCGGCCCCUAGUCCGAGCCCCGCUCUGACACACAGCACCGCGCAGAGUGACAGCACGUCCUAUAUCAGUGCUGUUGGGAAUACUAGUGCUAACGGGACUCUACUACCUCCGCAGCAGCAGCUGGGGUCUGGGCCUUGCGGGUCCUGCGGUCGCAGGUGCAGCUGUGGGACCAGUGGAAAUCUUCAAGUUAACAGUUACUUUUAUCACAACCCACUUCCCGGACAAGUCUACAGAGCUCCACCUUUCUUUCCUCUGCCGUCACUUUGCAAUGGUAGCUACCUCAGCCAAGCACAUCAGACUAACGGAACACAAAUUCCUUUUUACUUGCCUCGGUCCCCGUAUGCAAACGGGAUGAUGCAUGACCCAGUAAUGGGGAGCCAAGCCAACUAUGGUAUGCAGCAGAUGGCAGGAUAUGGGAGGUUCUAUCCUGUGUAUCCAGCUCCAAAUGUAGUUGCCAAUGCUAAUGGAUCAGGGCCCAAGAAGAAUGGGAAUGUGUCCUGUUAUAAUUGUGGUGUAAGUGGGCACUAUGCACAGGACUGUAAGCAGUCAUCCAUGGAGGCCGGUCAACAAGGCACUUACAGAUUGAGAUAUGCACCUCCCCCACCCCCUUCUAAUGAUACGUUGGAUUCUGCUGACUGAAACCAAGUAAACAUUGCCUACGUACCAAAAUGAAGGUUGGGAAAUCUGGGGAAUUCUUUGGAUUUGAGAGAUUCCGUGUGUGUUUUUU